AUGGCGGUGCAGGCCGUCCUUGGGCCCGGGGAGCUUGUCAUUGCGCGCCACGAACUCAUCAAACUCUCGCGCAACGUCGAGAAACCGAAUGGUGGAUCUGGGCGUAGGAACAGGUUCCUUUGGGCCAUCUUGGAUGACGGGCGGAUCGCAGACGCCGCGCGGGGCCGUAGAUGA